GAGCCCAUCAAAAGUUUUCUCUUUUAAUAAGUGUAUCAAUGAUCUACUUUUGAUCUUGUUGCAUGUUUUUUCACUAUAAAAAUUAGUUUUUAUAAGGAAUCAUGGUGGAAGCUAGUAAGCUGAUGUUUGAUAAGGCCUGUGGGGACUGUGCAUGCUCUGAACUCAUUCAUCCCUGGACGUACAAAUGUUCAGAUGCUACUACAACAAUGCUGCUUAGCUGUAUUAGAGGCAGUUAUAAAUUCUAUGCCAUGGUGUACCUUAUCCAAAUCCUUAUGAAAGGAAAGAAGUUAGGCAAAAAAGAGAUGCUGGAGCAAUUCAAACUCUACCUGAAAUCUGGAGUGUUUGGCCUUACGGUUGGAUGUUCGUUUGUGACACUCAACUGUAUUUUUAGGAAACUGUUCUUCAACGAGUUCACCUACUACAAAACAGUCCUGCUGCCUUGCACGGUCAGCGGUCUAGCGGUAUACUGCGAACCGCCUUAUAGAAGAGUUAUGGUUCUCAACCUUUUUGUUAAUUUGGUAUUCGAAUACUGGCUUCGCACUUUAGAAAUGAAAGGCUGGUUGCGGCGCUCUCCUGCUAGAGAGACUUUCAUCUUCAUGCUUGGCAGCGCUGUCUUCUUCUACUUCAUGAGGAAAGAAAAGGAGAACGACAAGAGAACACCUAUCUUUUGGUUUUUCUCGCCCCCUCGCGUUUCUAAGGAGGUCGGCAAACCUGUUGAAGGUUUCGGGGGCCGGGGCGACGCGUGUCCACAUCGAGGGCCGUGUCUUAACUAUGUUAUAAAGGGCACUGCGCAAUUGUUUGGUGUGGGAUGCGCGAUGACGAUGCUUCGUACGAUCAUACCGAAAAUACUCACUCCCUCGAAGGCAUUCAAGUCAUUGAAACUCUCGCACUUGAAGCUUGGUCUCUUUUUCGGCGGUUAUAUUGGUAUUUAUCGGUUAAUAGUGUGCCUGUUAUGUCGAGCUAACGGUAGAGACAGCGCGCUAUAUGCUCUACCCGCCGGUUUCCUCGCCGGUGCGGCAUUUAGAGCUUCGCCUUCCACGCCCAUUGCUUUAGCGCCUCUCACUUCUACGUUACAGAUACUCGGGUCCUGGGGUUACCAGAAAGGACUGAUACCAGAGCAUUGGCCGCUCGUAGAACUUCUGUACUGCCUAUGCCAAGGGCUGUUAUUCCACGCGCGAGUGAUGCACGAGGAUGUAUGCCCACGUUACAUUAUCAACUUGAUGCAUACUGUUACCAGCGCUAAGGCGGACGAAGUUCAAGCUGCUUUUAUACAGAAAAUUUUACGAUCGACGUGAGGUUUUUUUGAUUAAGUACAAUUUUAACAGUACCAUAUUUAUUGAUGAGUAAUUUAAAUAUAUUGUGCUUGUUUUUAUUUUAAAUGGCUUAUUUACAUUGGUUGAAAGACA